AUGGGAUGGAUGGCUGCCCAACGAAUACUAUUCUCGCCACAGAGCAACUCUAACCUCUGCCUUGUGCCUCAGACCUUGAAAGGCUUGGAUGCUUCCCCAGCCCGCAGCCGUGCUUCAACUUCGCCUCAACAGAGACUGACUGACCUGACAGGUCGCACUCGCAGCACGUUCAAGCAAGUUGGCAACAGCCUCGAGUCGGAGCGUCUGCAUAGAAAAACGCAAAAUGAAAAGAAAUAA